CUCAACUGCUCAAGUAAAAAGCAUAUACUAGUGGUCCAGUUGGUGCUGAGUCCUAUAAAUACUCAUUUCUGUGUAUGCUUUUAGUUAAAAAAACAUUCCAUAUCACAUUCUCAACAAUGGGCAUAAUGUGCAACACCAGCUUUAACAAGUACUCUCAAGUGAUGAAGACGAUAUGGGUACUCGUUGUGUUGAUGGUGGGAGUGGUGAAUUUAAGAGGAGCCGAAUGCAGAAAAGCCAAGAAAAGAGUGGAGAACACCUUAGAGUACAGUGCCAUAAGUUGCAGAGCUCACAGUGCAUCCAUAACGGAUUAUGGAGGCAUUGGAGAUGGCAAGACAUCCAACACCAAGGCCUUUAGAGAAGCCAUCUCUCAUUUGAGCCGGUACGAAGCAGACGGGGGAGCUCAGCUCUUUGUUCCUCCUGGACAAUGGUUAACCGGAAGCUUCAACCUCACGAGCCAUUUCACUCUUUUUCUACACAAAGACGCUGUCCUCCUUGCUUCCCAGGAAAUUAGUGAAUGGGCGGUGAUUGCACCCUUGCCAUCUUACGGUCAUGGAAGGGACACCGCAGGUGGAAGGUACAUCAGUCUCAUUUUCGGGACAAACCUCACGGAUGUUGUCGUCACAGGUGAAAAUGGCACAAUUGACGGCCAGGGUGCUCUUUGGUGGCAACAAUUUCAUAAGAAAAAACUGAAAUAUACACGACCUUACCUUAUUGAAAUCAUGCAUUCUGAUAACAUUCAGAUUUCAAAUCUUACAUUUCUAAACUCCCCGUCAUGGAAUGUUCAUCCUGUUUAUAGCAGCAACAUCAUUAUCCAAGGGAUUACGAUUUUAGCACCCGUCACAUCUCCAAAUACGGACGGAAUAAAUCCAGAUUCUUGCACAAAUACGAAAAUUGAGGAUACCUACAUUGUCUCUGGAGAUGAUUGCAUAGCUGUUAAAAGUGGUUGGGAUGAAUAUGGUAUAUCAUACGGUAUGCCUACCAAACAACUGAUCAUCAGACGGCUGACAUGCAUUUCGCCAUACAGUGCUGCCAUUGCUUUAGGAAGCGAAAUGUCAGGUGGGAUUGAAGAUGUCAGAGCCGAAGAUAUCACAGCCAUUAACACAGAAUCAGGGGUCAGGAUCAAAACGGGAGUGGGGCGGGGAGGUUAUGUGAAAGACAUAUACGUAAAAGGCAUGAACUUGCAUACAAUGAAAUGGGUGUUUUGGAUGACAGGAAACUACGGCUCUCAUGCUGAUUCUCACUAUGAUCCUAAAGCGCUACCAGUGAUUCAAGGGAUCAAUUACAGAGACAUUACCGCAGAGAAUGUGUCAAUGGCUGCUCGACUUGAGGGCAUUUCAGGCGAUCCAUUCACCGGGAUAUGUAUAUCUAAUGCAACGAUAGGUUUGGCAAAGAAGGCAAAGAAGGUACCUUGGACUUGUACUGAUAUUGCCGGAGUUACAAGUGGUGUGCUUCCUAAGCCCUGCAGUUCGCUACCUGAUCAAGGGCCGGAGAAAGUAGGAAUGUGUUCAUUUCCUACUGAUAAUCUACCAAUUGAUGAUGUAGAAAUCAAGAAAUGUUCUUAUAGAAUGGGCUAAAUACAGAUUGCUUCCAUACAGCUAUAUUUCACCUGUGUCUCUAGUACUGUAUAACUAUUUGGAUUGUCAGCAAAGCAUGUUUUAAUUCUUUUCAA